AUGGUGGCCAUGGUGGGAAAGCUGAUUGACAGCAAGAUCCUGCGUACCUUUAAGUUGCAGAUUAUGAUCCCAGGCCUCAAUGACCUGCAGCACCGCUUCCCGUUUUACAAGAAUAUUGCACGUUUCAAGGACCUUGUCGAAGCUGGGUGUCGAUUGGAAAUCGAAGUGGUCACGGAUCAUCCGCGCGGUCAAGUGGAGACAUAUCCUGCUACACACCGUGGGUUUUUAGAGUUGAUGGAGAUGCUACGUGGCAUCGCCUUUGAUGACUCUGUUCAACUGUCAUCGACAUGUGGGCUAGUCAUGGAGUCGACACAGUAUUCUGAGGAGAGCAUUACCAGUUCACUCGUACCCAAUUACAAGUGCAACUUCACCUUUAAAAAAGCCUAG